AUGCUGGUGCCUGUCCUUUCUUUGGUGUACGGCUUUCUGGCCUCUGCGCCCGCUGCUCUCGCACUAGGGUCGUCAUGCACCUCUGCGCUCAGCGGCGGGACCGCUGCAGCCACAGAUCCCUUUUGGAUGCAGAACAUCAAACACCAGGGAACUUCUGCCUUCAAUUCGGACCCUAGCUCCUACACCGUCUUCCGCAACGUCAAGGACUACGGUGCCGCUGGCGAUGGUACUACGGACGAUACAGCUGCUAUCAACUCUGCCAUCUCCGCUGGAAGCCGGUGUGGUGAUGGGACCUGCGCGUCGUCUACAGUCACGCCCGCUGUGGUCUACUUCCCCCAGGGUACCUACAAGAUAUCGAAGCCGCUCAUCUCGUACUAUUACACGCAGAUGAUUGGUGACGCACGGGUCCCACCCACCUUGCUGGCGUCAUCUGACUUCUCGGGUAUUGGGGUCAUUGAUGUGGACCCGUACAUCGACGGCGGAAAUGGCGCUCAGUGGUACAACGACACGAACAACUUCUACCGUGCCGUCCGGAACUUCGUCAUCGACCUCACCGACAUCGACGCGGCUACGAGCGCCACUGGCAUCCACUGGCAGGUCUCGCAGGGCACGUCGCUCUACAACGUCGUCUUCCAGAUGAGCACCGCGAGCAACACCGCCCACCAGGGUGUCUGGAUGGAGAACGGCAGUGGUGGUAUGAUGGGAGACUUGGUCUUCAACGGAGGAAAGUAUGGCAUGUGGGUCGGUAACCAGCAAUUCACUGUCCGGAAUGUGACCAUGAACAACUGUCAAACUGCUGUCUACAUGGACUGGAACUGGGGCUGGACGUUCCAGGGCGUGACGGUCAAUAACUGUCAGGUUGCCUUCGACGUGAUGACCGGUGGCACGACCGAGGACGCCCAGACCACGGGUGCGUUGGCAAUCAUCGACGCCACCGCGAGCAACACCCCCAUCUUUUACCGCACCUCCAAGGCCUCCAGCGGCACGCUUGCGGGCUCGGUCGUCCUCAACAACAUCGUGCUGAACAAUGUCCCCACGGCGGUCACCGUGCUCGAUGGCUCCGAGGUCCUCGCGGGCGGCACGAUGACGAUCGACAGCUGGGGCCAGGGCAACGUGUACUCGGGCACGGGCAGCUCCGCGAAAUUCACCUCGGGCGACAUCACGGGCCCGACGAAGGCGAGUAGCCUCCUGUCGAACGGCCAGAUCUUCGGAAGGACGAUCCCGCAGUAUGAGGACUAUGCGGUGGAUCAGUUCGUUAGUGUCAAGGACCAGGGCGCAAAGGGUGACGGCACGACAGACGAUACGUCUGCGCUGCAAGCUGUGUUCGAUAAGUACUCCGGAUGCUCCAUCAUCUACUUCGAUGCAGGAACCUACAUCGUCAGCAGCACGCUCCAGAUCCCUGCAGGCACGCAGUUGGUCGGCGAGGCUUGGGCGGUCAUCAUGGGCUCCGGCUCGGCCUUCCAGGACCAGACCAACCCCUCGCCCGUCGUCCAGGUCGGCGCGUCGGGCUCUUCAGGGAUACUGGAGAUCUCGAACAUGAUCUUCACCACAAAGGGACCUGCUGCUGGUGCGAUCGUCGUUGAGUGGAACGUCAACUCACCGACACAAGGUGGCGCUGGUAUAUGGGAUAGCUACAUCCGCUUGGGAGGUACUGCCGGUACGAACUUGGAGGUGGCGCAAUGCCCUUACACGCAGGCCGAGUCGUCGUCUUGCUUAGCAGCCUUCCUUGGCUUGCACUUAACGCCCAAGUCAAAUGCCUACCUCGAGGGCACUUGGGUCUGGCUUGCGGAUCAUGAUCUCGACGACACUGCUCAGACUGACCUUUCGCUGUACAGCGGCAGAGGUAUCCUCUCGCAGUCCGCCGGUCCAGUCUGGUUGAUUGGUACUGCUUCUGAGCACCAUGUUCUCUAUCAGUACAACAUCGCCGGCGCAAGCGACCACUACAUGGGCUUGAUCCAGACGGAAUCUUGUCCCACGGCUAACGGUACUUCACUCGCUCAGCCUUACUACCAACCAACCCCGGCGCCUCCGUCGCCGUUCUCGAUCGACAGCGCCUACGUCGACCCAAGCUUCCCGUCUGACUUGACCGCAGCAUGGGGUCUGUACAUCCAGUCGUCGACUGAUAUUUUGGUCUUCGGCGCUGGCCACUACAGCUUCUUCCAGCACUACGCCCAGACCUGCCUCAAAAGCGUGAACUGCCAGACGCAGAUCGUCAAUGUCGACACCGCGUCCACCGGAAUCAGCAUCUACAGUCUCUCGACUGUGGCCGUGACCAACGAGCUCAGCGUCGGCGGCUCGCCCGUCAUCACAGCCAGCAACAACGUCGACGGUCUUCAGGACACGAUCACUGCCUGGACGCAGUAA